AUGAGGAAUUUGAGUGGUGGCCAUGUAGAGCUAUUCAUUUUGGUGGGCUUCCCUACUUCACCACCCUUCCAAUUGCUCCUUUUUAGCCUUUUUCUUGCAAUUUAUCUGUUGACAUUGCUUGAGAACGCACUCAUUAUUUCCACGAUAUGGCUCACCCCCAGCCUUCACCGUCCCAUGUACUUUUUCCUUGGUCAUCUUUCGUUCCUGGAGCUGUGGUAUAUCAAUGUCACUGUUCCUCGACUCCUUGGAGCUUUUCUUACCCAGGACCGCAGAGUCUCUUUUGUAGGCUGCAUGACCCAACUGUAUUUCUUUAUUGCCUUGGCCUGCACUGAGUGUGUCUUGUUGGCAGUCAUGGCCUAUGAUCGUUACCUAGCCAUCUGUGAGCCCCUCCGUUAUCCCAGUCUCAUGCCUCCAAGCCUGGCCACUCGACUUGCUGCUGCUUCUUGGGGUAGUGGUUUUUUCAGCUCCAUGAUGAAACUUCUUUUCAUUUCCCGACUUUCCUAUUGUGGACCCAACAUUAUCAACCACUUUUUCUGUGAUAUUUCUCCACUGCUCAACCUGACCUGCUCUGACAAGGAGCAAGCAGAGAUAGUAGAUUUCCUCCUGGCCCUAGUGAUGAUUCUACUCCCUCUGUUGGCUGUGAUCUCAUCAUAUGCUGCCAUCAUUGCGGCCAUUCUGAGAAUCCCUACCGCCCAAGGGCGCCAGAAAGCAUUCUCCACUUGUGGUUCUCACCUGGCAGUAGUUAUCAUCUACUACUCUUCGACUCUUUUCACAUAUGCACGGCCCCGGGCCAUGUACACCUUCAACCACAACAAGAUCAUCUCUGUGCUUUAUACUGUAAUUGUACCCUUCCUUAACCCAGCCAUCUACUGCCUCAGGAACAAGGAGGUAAAGGAUGCCCUUAAGAAGACAGUGCUAGGCAGGUGCCACUAUCCGAGGGACGUCCCAGACUGA